AUGAAAUCACUAUCUUGGGAAGAAAGGGCAUACGUGUUGAUGGAAGGUUUGUUUCGAACCUUCGUUUCGCGGACGACAUCGAGCAGUACCAGGGAAGCAGAAACGAUGCUGAACGAAUUGAACGAAGCAGGAAAGAGAAUAGGAUUACGAAUAAACAGAAAGAAGACACAGUUCAUGAAGAACGCCCACUGCGAGGACGGAGGAGUACAACUUGAAGGGCCCCAAAUCGUGGAAACUCCGUCAUACGUAUACCUCGGACGUUCUAUAAACAUGGAAAACGACUUGAAGGAAGAACUGAAUAGAAGAAUGGGAGCAACAUAG